CAGUAGAAGGCAUAAGGACAAACGAGUGACACGAAUGACAAUACGAAUGACUUACGAGCGACUUACGAGCGUUGCCGACAAGCUAAACGAAUGACGUACUAAUUACAUACUACACUCGUUGAAGAUCGCCAGCUGAGUUAACCUUAUGAAUAAAUUCUGAGGAUAUGGCACAGUUUGUCAACAGCAAUCGCGUCAUUAACUACUUCGAGCAGUUUUAAGUUUACGGAAAUUUCAUCGAGUCUUAGAUUUUAUUUUCGUAAUUUUUUUGCUUUUGCUUUAGGCAAUAUCGACAUCUUUGUCAAACCCAUAGUGAGAAUGGACACAUUAAGUGGGCAAAAUUACACUUGCGAAACAUAUAUUUAUAUAUGUGUGAUACAGUGAUAAACAAUACCUAAAUACAGUGAUAAAGGACACUUAAAGUGCGUGAAAUUAUAUUUCAAAAACAUAUAUUUAUAUAUGUAUAAGAGUACCUAAACACAGUGAUAACAGACACUUAAAGUGGGCAAAAUUAUAUUUGCAAAACAUAUAUUUAUAUAUGUGUGAUAUAUUCAUAAAGAACUUUUGAUGUAAACAAGCUUUGAAAAAAAAACAACAGUUCCACGAAAUCCAGCCUGAGAUUUCUGAGAUCUUAACGCACAGCGAGCAAAACGAACGAUUGCGAAAUUCGUAAAAUUCGAGCGUUUACAGAGCAAGCAGCGAGCUUUUGCAGUUUUAUUUCUCGGGAACCAACGCGUUACUCUCAUGAGACACCUGUCAACCCAGCAAUCAAAACCCCGUCCAACUUAUGUAGCUGAUGGCAACAAAUAAUUCGGAAAUGCCGCUUAUAAAUGCGGCAGAUGCCGGUGGUGGCGUUGGUGGUGGUAGCGGUGGUGUUGGUAAUGGUGUCGAUAGCGGUAAUCCCGUCGCAGUCGUCUCCAGCGGCCCACAGUCGAAUGGCAGCUGUGGCGGUGGAAUCGGUGAAUCGAAUGGCGCCAACAAUACCAUAAGCGCUGCUGCCGACUCCAGCGAUAACCAGCCGGGCACACCGCAACCUAACGGCAAUGGCCCAAUGAUGAGCAACAACAACAACAGCAGUAACGAGCAGCAGCACCAACUGCAUUUGGCACAAAAUGCUUACGACAUGUACGGCACCGUUGCCACGACAACGAACGGUUCGCUCUCGCUGCCGCCCAUGUUUGGCGGUGGCGGCGGUGGAGGCGGCAUUUACGCUACGGCCGGCGGCCAAGCUGACAUGCAGCAACAGCAGGCGCAGGCUUAUCCGAGCUAUAUGAACUCUUUCGAGCAGUUCUAUCAGCAACAACAGCAGCAACAAGUUGCUAACGGCAUGGAGUUUGGACUCAUGUAUGCCGCUGGCGGUAACACCAGCACCGGCAACUACAAGAUGGCCAGCGCACAUCACAGCAACAGCAGUCAAGUGCGCUAUCAACCCUAUCUGAAUGCAACUAAGACGUCGAAAUCAAUCACAACAGACGGACGGACAGUGCCACCGGAGCAGCACAACGUUACAAAUGGUAAUGGUGUCGGUGGCAACGUCAUCGGCUCCCUACAGUUGUCGCAGAGCAGUGCUGCCGUUUCGACUACGACCAAUUCGCUGAGUCCACGCAUGGUCAGCUCCACGAGCCCGACCUCAACUUCGACUCAUCAUCAACAAAGCGCCGCCGGCUCAACAACUGGUUCGCCUAACAGCGCUGGCGGUAAGUUGGUUUGUAAAAAAUGCGGCUUUCAGGGCACGAACGACAACGAACUGCAAGAGCACAUCACUAACGUGCAUGGCGCCUCGCCAUAUGGCAGCAGCGGUUACGCUAGUUCACCGUAUAUUAAGGAGGAACUCUCAUCGGGAUCGCAGCAACAGUCAGGUAGUGCGCAACAAGCACAGGGUGGCAACCCUGGUGAAAUACUUGAUUUGGAUUCACAAAAAAUGGUUUAUCCGCCCGCACAGGGCAGCAUACAGUCGCUAUUGCAACAACCGCCACAAAUGCAUGAUCCGCUUGGCACCAAUGAUCCGCUACACUCCAUGCAUACCAUGCAACAGCGCGCUCUACCCGGGUGGGAGCAGCCCCCAGAUCCACCAAACGUUGGAAUGCAGGAAGGGUUGCCUCCAUACAUGCAACAACAGCCCCAGCCUACGCAGUUGCAGACGAUCGACCAAAAUGGCAAACCACCACAUGCCAACCAAUCGCCUUACUACUCACCCAAGCAGUCGUCCUAUCAGGUACCAGGUGGUAUGCAAAAUGGCGUAAAUGGUGGCGCCAUGGGCGUCAAGGAGGCUUAUGGCAUGUUGAAAUCGGAAUAUCCGGACUCGCAGAAUUACGUCGACAAAUCAUUUGGUUCGACUGUAGUCGGUGACAUGUGCCACCAACAACAACAACAGCAGCAGCAUCAACAAACGCAACCGCAACCGCAGCCGCAAUUAAUGCCUGUAUCCUCAAGUCCAGCUGAAUUUCCAACGACUACAACGGGUCCACAAGAACCGCAACAGCCAUAUCGUGGCUUCGAGCCACCCACAUCAUCCUCCGUGAACACGGGCGCACUUCCAACCAAAGCCGCCACUUGGAAGUCCAACGAGGCGCGCCGCCCAAAGACGUACAAUUGCACAGCUUGCAAUAAGUGGUUCACUAGCUCGGGUCACCUGAAGCGCCACUACAACACAACACUGCAUAAGAAUGCCGUAAAGUCCAGCGGUCAGCCAGACCCGGCAACACUGCCAAUAUCUGUGCAUCAUCAUCCCGCACGUGAUCCAACCACCACUACAAAGCCGCACAGUCGGCGAAGUAACGCCGCAGCCGCAGCAGCCGCUGCUGCACAAAAGCAGGCAGCAGCAGCCGUUCAGCCGGCCGAGUUACCCAGAAGUCCAUCGGAUUUCGGACAGCCCACGGCCAUGGGUAUGUCACAUUACACCGCUACACCCUCGCCCACACAUCAAGCCCCAAUGAACGGUUUAGCGUAUGGCGCAAAUCCAAGCGGAUAUCAGCCAGCACAACAACAACAACAACAAGCGCAAUAUAUGAAUCCCAUACACGCUGCAUCGAAUGGAAAUUCGCCCAACGAAAUGAGUGCAUCUAGCCACUCACCAACAAGCAACAACCAAACCGUCUUAAACGGUCACCCAAACGGGUUAGCAGGUCCCUCCGCCCAAAUAGCGUUAACACCAAUGCCGUCCUCCCACACGAGGGGCCUGCUGAGCAAAACAACAACCACUACCAAAAAGAGCGAACCGGAAAUGGAGGACAAUUACCCGCACAACAGCAGCAACAGCUUCAACAACACUCUAAUCUUGUGCACACCACCGUCGGAACCGGAAAUGGAAACGGGACUGCAGCCAUGGGAAUUGGUCCCGCUGGAGACAGAGGUGCGCAUGCAAAUGGACAUGGAGAUAUCACAACAACAGCAGCAGCAACAGCUGGAAGAGGAGGCAGCGGCAACGGCAGCAGUGGCAGCAGAGCAGGCACAGGCGAUCGAGGUUCUGAUGAAACGCCACCGUCAGGCGCAAGCUGCACUGGAACGGGAGGAGCACCUAGCACUUUUCCCACAUCAUCAACUGGUGGAGGAGGAUCAGCAGCGUUCACUCAGCAGCUGCAUGCCCAUGGUCAGUCCGCAACUGCUCUCGCCCCCUAUUACCUCCCCCCGCCAACAAUACCAGGCACCACAGCAGCAGCAGCAGCAGCAGCCGGCGGACAAUCAUUUCUCGCUCAUGCAGCCGCCAGUGGCAAUCCAUACGCAGCAGCAAGCCAAUACAAUGGAUCACCAAUACAACAUCAAUCCUUUGGAUACCAGCACGCUGCCGCCGCUCAUCACCAAUAUGCAGCUGCUGCAGCCGCUGCUGCACACCACCACCAACAACAGCAGCACCACAGCUACUACAGUCAAUACGGACAGAAUCCGUAUGCUACGCAACCACCUCCUCAUGGAGCCCCACCUCCUCAUGGACUUCCCCUCCCAAUACCAACACAGGCUACACAUGCAGCAAAUAGCGCAGGCGCAACAGGACCAGCCGGUCUUACCCUCCAUGCACAGUAUGCUACACAACAAUACCAACAUACAGUCGCCGGUGCACCACCCACCCAAUACCAUCACGCCGCCGCAGCUGCUGCAGCCCAACACCACCACCAUCACACUGCCGCAGCAGCAGCAGCAGCCGCAGCCGCCGCUGCACACCACCAGCACCAUACAAUACUACCAACAGCUGCUGGAGGGGUCACAGCUAGUCCCGCUGGAGCCCACAAUGACCUAUCGCACUAUUAUUGGUAGUGACAAUAGUGAGGAGUCGCUCAACAAUACAGUGUAUACGAUCAACGGCGAUGACUGUAUCGACAAUGACGAGAUAAUCUUAACCAAUAUCGGUGAUAGCUACAGCACUGCCGCUGCCACUGCUGAUGGUACCCUACAAACGCAGCAACUGGUCACUGUGGAUGGUCAGAUAUUGGAAUUUAUGACAACACCGGGCAUGGCCCAACCGUUAUAUGCUGUAUCGCCACGUGCCAUGAGCUGCAUGCCGCGCUCACCGCAAGCCGGCGAUCUACCACCGGCCUACACACUUCUGAAUCAUGGCCAGAGUAUGUCACACGACCACCUACCGCUUAAUGGUGCAACGCAACAAACGUAUAAGGAUGAACCAUACACUACGAUCCAAGAGUAUUUCGUCCCAGCCUCGACUAUAACAAGUGCACAAGUCACUGCCGACACCGAAAAUACCAAUGUGGUCGUAACCAAAAAGAGAGGGCGCAAAACCAAAAGCAAAGCUGACACCGUUGCGGUGGACGACCCGAGCGAAAAGCCCAAACAAGAAAUCAUGACGAUAAGCGAAGCGUCGACAGAAGUGCCAACGACAACGACGACUGCAAAACGCAAACGAAAGCCAGCUCAAUCCAAAGCCCCAGCGAAGCCGAGACGAAAACAAACUCCAAAAGUUAUCACCACCUCGCCAGAAAUUGAAGUUCUCCCGAACGGACGUCUGAAGUGUCUCGAGUGCGAAAGAGAUUUCACCAAGAAAUGCUACUUAACACAACACUUAAAUAGCAUCCACGGCGGUGAGUAUAAAUUUCGUUGUGAGAAGUGCGGUAAACGCUUUCUAACCGAGGCUCCAUAUAAAAAACAUAUCGGGCGACACAGUAUGCAGAAUAAGCGUUGGCCUUGUAUGUUUUGUCCAUGUGUUUUCCAUUUCAAAACCGACUGGGAACGUCACAUAAUGACAAAACAUACAGGCAGAUGGACACACAGAUGUCCGAUAUGUAGGAAAGGUUUCUCUCGUAAUGAUCAUAUGAGAAAACAUAUUCUAACACAUUUGAGAAACAAGAGGAAAAGGUCGAAGAAGCAGGCUAAAAAUGCCAAAGUGAAGGUAGAGGUGGUAGAGGAAACACUUGUGGAAGUGGGAGAGGAACCACUUGUAGAAAUGGUAGAGGAACCACUUGUGGAAGUGGUAGAGGAACCACUCGUAGAAGUACCCGCUACACAAGAACUAGUAUCAGAAUAUGUUACACAGGAACUCUUACCACUAGAUCUAGUAACACAAACACUGGCACCACUAGAAAUAGCCACACAAACGCAGGUUUCACAGGAAUCAUUUAAACAAGAGACAGAAACAGAACUAGUUCCACAAGAAACAGAAACCGAACCGGUUCCGCAAGAUGUUGUGUAGCAGCAUCAAUUAUUUAGUUUUGAUUUAAUUUAAUUUAUUUUAAUUUAAAUUAAUUUCAUUUGAAUAAUUUAGUUUUUAGUUAGCGCAUAUAAAUCGUGAAACCACUUCUAUAGCACAAAAAUAUCUUAAGACAAACUUUACAAAGACAGUUUUCAAUCAAAGACAGUGACUUCAGUCAAUCAAAAGAAGGAGUAACAGAAAUUGAAAAACUCAACGCUUAAUUUAUAUAAUUGAUUAAAUUAAUUUAUGUUGGCAACGCGAUAAACUUGCUGUUAAAUGUCCUGAGAUUUGUACCUUGAAAGAUAGUCUUUUGCGAAGUCAAUUUGAGCUUAUUUUGAUACAAAAGACGAGUAAGUAGAACUCAUUUACGUAAAGCUGAAUUUAAAAAUUGUCUCAAAAUUGCUUGCGUUUGUGUGUUGAAAAACAGUUUCUUGCGUUGUAAAUUUUAGUUUAUUUUCAUCCAGAAAAACUUGAAAAACUCGGCGUUCAAUUUAAAUAAUGAAUUUAAAAUAAAUUGGCAACGCGAAAAAAUAACUAAUUAAGACACUAAUUUGCGCAGUUAAAUUGAGCUCAUUUGGUGGCAAAAAAGUUAAUAAAAUUUAGCGAUUAAUUUAAAUGUGUAAUUUUAAACAAAUUGGCAAGGCGAACAAUUAAUUCUAUCAAUAGAUUUGUACCUUGAAAUACAGUCAUUUGCGCAAUUAAAGAGAGCUCGUUUUCAGGCAAAAAACCUUCAAAAACACGCUGCUUAAUUUAAAUGUUAAAUUAAAAAAAAAAAAAUUGGCAAC